AUGGAUAUUCUAAAAGCUAGAAGAAUGAAUAGUAUAAAUAAGAAAGGAAAUACAAGUGUGCUUAGAGGUGUCAAUAAGCCAAUAACUAAACAUCUUCGAUCACAAUGUGAUAUUGACGCUAAUGAUGAAGCCGAUGUUGAGACUACAGUACAAUUGCACUCACCUGAAUUUGAUGGUGGCUUUAGCAUCCAUUCUAACAAAAAUCCAUUUGCUAAAAGAAAUGAGUCUUAUUCGGACAUUGGUACUUCAACAAGUAUGCCAGAAUAUGUAUUUGGACCCUUGGAAUCUGAUCUACUAAUGAUCAACAAUGGAGAUGAUUCUACUGAUAAUGAAAUCAAUCUUUCGCCCAACCAUAUUAACACAAAUGAUUCUGGUGAUGUUUUAAACAAUCGGCAUCAAAGAACGAUAUUUCAACCUUUAUGCUUUGGUGGGCCAACUUUUAAAUGCCUAUUUUGCAAUGCUUCCAUGUGGUAUGAUGAAAGAAUUGACCUAUCAAAAUCUGCUUCAAAUCCAAAAUUUAAUAUGUGUUGCAAGCAAGGGCUUAUUUCUCUUCCGCCACCAAAACCAACACCACCUUUUUUACGCCGAUUAUUUGAUGGUAAUGGUGGAGUAAGAAAUUCAAAAUUUAAAGAACAAAUUAGAAUAUACAACUCACUUUUUCAAUUUACUUCACUUGGUGGUAUUGUUGAUAAUAGUGUCAAUCAAAGACCUGGGCCUUAUGUAUUCAAGUUAUCAGGACAAAAUUAUCAUAGAAUGGGAUCUCUACUUCCAAUUGCCAGGCAAACAGCUAAAUUCGCACAGCUGUACAUGAUUGAAUCAAAUGCUGAAUUAGAUUGCAGAAUGUCAUGCUUUCGAUUUGAUGAUGGUGUUCAAGGAUUAGACAAUGAUAUAGUAUGCGGAUUGAGAAAUAUGCUAGAUGAGUACAAUGAGAUUGUCAAAGUCUUUCGGAGUGCAAGAGAAGCUCACAUGCAAUUUAGAGAAUUGCCAGUUAGGAUAAAGCUUAUUGCAAAUCGAAAUAAGAAAGAUCAUAUUUAUUCUGCACCAUCAGUUCCAGAAAUUGCUGCUCUAAUUGUCGGUGAUAUUGGUAUUAAUGAUCAAGGGAGGGAUAUUAUAGUAGAACACAAACAAGAAGGUUUAAAAAGAAUUAGUGACCUACAUCCGCUAUUCAUGCCACUUCAAUAUCCAUUACUCUUUCCUUAUGGAGAAGAUUGCUUUCAUCUAAAUUUACCUUAUGAAGAAUCUCCAAUACGAAGUAAAUUAAGCAGAAAGUGUUUAACUAUGAGAGAAUAUUAUGCUUACUUGAUUCAACAAAGAAAUAUUGAGGAUAAUACCCUGUUAAGAGGAGGUCGACUUUUCCAACAAUUUAUAGUUGACUGUUAUGCUACAAUUGAAGACACAAGAUUGAGAUAUAUUAGAGAGCAUCAAACAUCAUUGAGGACUGAAAUGUACAAAACUGUUAGAGAUGCAACCAAUCAAGAAGAUCUGCAGUGCAAUAGUAUUGGGAAGCGCAUUAUUUUACCUGCAAGUUUUAUACCAGGCCCUAGGUAUAUGUUUGAGAAAUACCAAGAUGCAAUGGCUAUUUGCAGAUUUUUUGGCUAUCCUAAACUAUUUAUUACAUUCACUUGCAAUCCUCGAUGGUCAGAAAUAACAAAUGCAUUGAGUUCUAUUAUGGGUCAACGCCCUGAAGAUAGGCCUGACAUAGUUUCGCGGGUUUUCCGUAUAAAAGUACGGCAUUUGAUGGAUGAUUUGAUAAAAAGACAUCAUUUUGGUCCUGUAAAAGCAGUUGUUUAUACAGUCGAAUUCCAAAAACGAGGUUUACCACAUGUUCAUAUCUUAUUAUGGUUGGAAAAAGAAAGUGGCAUUAUGACAACAUCGGAAAUUGAUAAUAUAGUUUCUGCUGAAUUACCUGAUAAAGGAUCUGAUCCUAUUGGUUAUGAUGCUGUAAGUUCAUUUAUGAUACAUGGUCCAUGUGGAUUAGCGAAUUCACAGUCACCAUGUAUGGAAAAUGGAAAAUGCAAAAAAUUCUACCCAAAGCCAUUUCGCAAUUCAACAACGAUUGAUGAGGAUGGAUUCCCUCAAUAUCGGAGAAGGGAUUUGCCAGCAAGCACAGCACAAAAUGGUAUUAAAUUGGAUAAUCGAUUUGUCGUUCCACAUAAUGUUGAUUUGGUUGUGCGCUAUCAAGCCCAUAUAAAUGUGGAAAUAUGUAAUUUGACAAGAGCAGUGAAAUAUCUAUUCAAAUAUAUAAGUAAAGGUCCAGACAGAGCAAGAGCUAUGUUUGAAGCAUCAUCAACAUCAUCAACUAAAAUAGAUGAGAUACAAAAUUAUUUGGAUUGCCGUUAUUUGUCAGCAUAUGAAAGUUGUUGGAGACUAUUUGAGUUUCCAAUCCACCAUAGAGAGCCAUCUGUCCAAAGAUUACUUAUUCACUUGCCAGAAGAGCAUAAUAUCUAUUUUAGUGACAAGCAAUUUAUUCCCAAUAUAAUUUCAAUCCCAGGUAUUGAAACAACAAUGUUCACAGAAUGGAUGGCCACAAAUGAUAUAGACGAAAGAGGACGAUCACUUUUGUAUGCAGACUUUCCGACUAAAUUCACAUGGUACAAAAAAGAGAAAAAAUGGAAGUACAGAAUGAAUGGCAGAUCAAUUGGAAGAAUAAUCUAUAUACACCCAGCUGCAGGAGAGCUAUAUUACUUGCGCUUAUUGCUUAAUGAAAUCAAAGGUGCUAGGAGUUAUGAGGAUCUCCGCACAAUUAAUAAUGUUGUGUAUGCAACAUAUAGAGAAGCUUGCUUUGCCCUUGGAAUAUUAGGAGAUGACUCAGAAUGGUCAGAUGCCUUGAUACAAGCAGCUCAUUGGGCCACUGGUGCACAACUAAGACAACUUUUUGUAACAAUAAUCUUAUUUUGCGAUGUAGGAGACAAAAAGGCACUGUUUGAGAAACACUGGCAAGUAAUAUCAGAAGAUAUACACUAUAGACUCCGACAGACAUUCCACAUGCCUAAUUAUACUAUUUCAGACGAGUACUUGAGAAACUAUCUAUUAGUUGCUCUUGAAGAUCUUCUGAAUAAACACUCUUCAUCGCUUGAGGAGAAUGAUUUACCUCGAUCACAAUCAUUGAGCAUAAAUAAUUUAACUGAUCGACUGCUUCAAGAAGAGUUAAACUACAAUAUUCCUCAGCUUCAAGAAGAUCAUUUAUCAAUGUUUGCAAAAUUAAAUGUGGAACAAUUGGCUGUCUAUACUCAAAUACAAGAAGCUGUGAACAACAAUGGAGGAAUGUUUUUUGUAUAUGGCCAUGGUGGGACUGGUAAAACUUUUUUAUGGAACACCAUCAUUAAUGGUAUUCGUACUGAAGGGAAAAUUGUACUAGCUGUUGCUUCGUCAGGAAUUGCAUCACUUUUAUUACCUGGAGGUAGAACUGCCCAUUCUAGAUUCAAAAUCCCAAUAAAUAUUAAAGAAUGCUCUACAUGUAGAAUCAGCAAGCAAACUCAACUGGCAAGAUUGAUUGAAAAAACAACUUUGAUUGUUUGGGAUGAAGCUCCUAUGGUUCAUAGGAAUUGUCUUGAAGCAUUAAACAAAACUUUACAAGAUCUUCUUUCAGAGACAACACCAGAAGCAUCUACAAAACCUUUUGGAGGCAAAACAAUAGUUCUUGGUGGAGAUUUCGACAAAUCCUACCAGUUAUUCAAUAUGUUAAACUAUGUAAAGGCAGAAUACUUGAGGCAAAGAGCUAUAGUCACACCAUACAAUGAAACUAUUGAUAUAUUAAAUGAAACAAUCAACAACGCAAUUGAAGCUGAUGAGCAAAAGUAUUUAAGCUCAGACUACAUCUCUAAAGCUUCAACAUCUGCAGAAGCAAAUGGACCAUUAUAUACAACUGAAUUAUCAACAAUGAGUCUUAAGGAAAUAGCACAACUAAAGCCACCUGGCCAAAACCAAGCUGUGAAAAUUAGAAUAACAAGAAUAUGGGAUUGUUAUAUCCCAACUUCAGAAAAAUUCCUUGGUAUAGCAUUUAUAGCAACAGAUGCAAAGGGUGAUGCUAUCCAUGUCCAAAUAAGAGAAAAUGAAUGUUCAAGCUUUCGACACAUGCUAAUCGAAGGAGUUGUAUACCACAUAUCUAAAUUCCAAGUUAUGAAAACAGCUGCUAAAAAUCUAUCAGUAAUGAGAGAAUUUGCCAUCUUUUUCACAUCUAAUACAGUGAUCAAGGUAAUCUCUGAUGAUCUUGCACCCUACCCAAGACAUUACUUCCAAUAUUUUGAUCGAGACAAGAUGGCGCCAGAUGCAAACUCUGAUAAAUAUUUGAUAGUUCAGAAGAGAGAUAUUUUCAUCGAAGAACGAAGCGGUGAUGAACUUAGAAUAACUAUAUGGGAAUCAUGUUUUUCUCAACUCAAUGAUCAUGAUCUGUUACAAAUGCAAUCAAGACCUAUACUUAUCAUUGCUGGCACUGUUGUUCGAACUUACCAAGGAACUGUAUAUUUGGCUUCUACAUCAGCAACCCGAAUCUAUGUGAAUUUAGAUUUACCGGAGACAAAAGCUAUCAAAGAACAGAUGAGAUUACCGAUGAUUGUGAGAGAUGAAACCGGAGAAAUGGAAAUAACCGCCUUUUGA